AUGAGUGGAUUUCUUGGAAGACUUCGUAGGAAAAAAGAGAAAGAAAAUGGUCAUCCAUCUACGUCUUCAGAUUGCAAUUAUCAAAAUGGAGAUGCCCACAGAGAUUCAUUGAGUAAUGAUCAUAUUUAUAUUCCAUCGCAGAGAAGACAGAGCUCAUCAUUAUCAGUUCCACAGCCAACUGCUGAUAUAGGAAGUGGAUCAGAUCAUGAAGGAAUUCAAGUGAAACAGAAGCCCCAACUGGCUUCAUCUCUUGAUCGAUUACUCAUUGAUUCAUCAGCUCUUUCUUAUUUCAUACAGUAUCUUGAUUCGACUGAUAAACUGAAUCUAAUCAAGUUCUGGAUGCAUGUCGAAGGAUUUAAAUCUAGUUUUUCAGAACAGAUUGAAGCCGCACAAGAAUUAUCGCUUCGAGAUGCCAAAAGUAUUUAUGACAAGUACGUAGAUGAUGGAUCAACCAGCUCACUUGCUCUCCCGAGAAAAAUAAAACAAAUUGUCGAAGAUAAUCUUGCCAUGAAUCCACUCCAAAAAAGUUGUUUCGAUGAAGCUCAAUCAUUUGUGAAAUCUCUAUUCGAAUAUCGAUAUUUUGAUGAGUUCCAUAAUAGUGUGUACUACAAAAAACACGAAUUGGAAGUGUUAUCCGAUGGAUGCAGUUUAGGAGAUAUUCUCAAAGUUCAACCACUUCUUCUCUCUUUUUUAGAAUUUAUAAAAGAGAAAGAGGAUCAUGAUAUGGUUCAAUUUCUAUUAGGAUGCGACAGUUUCGAAGCGAAUUUAGAAUUAAUGGAGGAUUCAGAAGCACUUGGAGAUGCUAUGGCUCUUUAUGAAAAGUAUUUUUCAAUGCAAGCAACGAAUAUGAUUGACUUGGGCGGUGCAAUCCGGGCAGAAAUUGAAUCUUUGAUAUGUGAAGAAUCAGGAAGACCGAAUCGAAAAGCAUUUAGAACUGCAAGAACUGCAUGUUUCUUCAGAUUACACGAUAAAUAUCUCUCGGAUUUUCUGAAGACGUCAUACUAUCACAGCUACCUUUCUGAGCUUCAAUCUUUGAUUGAAUUCACUGUCGAAUUGCCAAGAAAAGUAAGGAAUCGAGCAGCAAGUUCUUCUGACGUCGCAUCGUCAACUGAUUCAUUGACACACGCAUUCAGUCGUCAUUUAGAAGAUUUAGAGAAGAAAAUGAGUGAUAAAGAUGAGCAGAGAACACCGACAUGCUCACCGAGUCCAUCGAAAAGAAGUACUCCAAGAAGUAGUCGAUUGGCUGAAAUUGAUGAAAUGGGGAGAUAUCAUGCAUUAUAUGAUGACUCGCAUUCUCAAACUCCUCAGAAACCGAUGAGAAUAAGGACUACUCUUCGGAAGUAUCUUGAUAAGAACUCCUUACGAGAAGAGGAAAUUGCUGAAGAAGUCGCACGGACCAUAAUUCGAGAUAUGCAGGAGAUGGUUGCAUCUUCUGAUCCUCCAAACUCACCCACUUUUUGA